GGUCAAUGUCAAUAACAUAACCUCAUUAUUAUUAUUACAAAACAAUUUACAUAAAACAAACAUAAAUACUUGAAGAAGAAAUAAUUUAAACUAACUAAUUUACUAGCACUUUUAAAACAUUACUCACAAUGUCCAGUGAAGAGGAGGAAGAAAAUUUCUGUUUCUUCGGCAAGCCAUUAGACCCGUACGAUGAAGAUUCGAUACCGAAGAAAAGACCGAUAAGCGUGGAGGAGCAGAUCGCCACGGACGCGCAGGGGCGGCGUAGAUUCCAUGGGGCCUUUACGGGAGGCUUUUCCGCGGGGUUCUUCAACACGGUGGGCUCGCUGGAGGGAUGGACGCCCAGCGAUUUCAAAAGCUCGCGCGUCGAGAAGGCCAAGCAAUUCGUGCAGAAUCCCGUGGAUUUUAUGGACCAGGAGGACCUCGGCGAGUACGGGAUAGCGCCUCAAACGAUUCGAGCCACGAAAGACUAUUCUACAUCGAAGAAACGAAGGAGACAGGUGUUCUCCGAAGGUCCUAUUCCAGGUGAACCGGUGUUAGAGACGUUACUAACUUCAGGUAACGAGACAAUCGGGUAUUUACUCCUCAAGAAAAUAGGAAUUAGAGAUAAAAUUAAAGCGCGCGAUGAUGAAUUUACCGAUACAAAAACGUACGGUUGUCAGAAACCGGACCAGUUUAAAGUACCAGAAGUAAUUAAGAACAAACAGUACAAGAUCCCCGCCAUUUACACCGAUUGCUUGAGGUCCCCCAAGUCGAACACCUUCGGUCUGGAAUACAAAGGAUUGGAAAAAACCCACGUGAAUCUAUUCGCAUCCUCCAAUCUGGUAAUCAGGGAUAAAAACGACAAGAAAUUCUCCAUCGGAGGGCAAGCCUUCGGUGUGGGGGCGUUCGAAGAAGACGACGACGACAUAUACGUGAAAGAAGACAUGAGCAAUUACGAUUUCGAGUUGACUAAAGAAAAGAAAACCGAUCAGAGUCGAAAUAAAGAAGUCACCCUUAUAUUGGGGAUGUUCAAGCGAUCUAAUGUACCGUUGAUUGCGAAAAAAUCGUUUCCGCCUCCCGUCAUUCCUCACAGUUUCACCGGAAAGCAUAAAGUCAAAAAAUCCCGAUUCGAACAAAUCGAAGUAAAAACCGAACCCGAAGUAGAAACCAGCAGAAACGAAAUAAACCCUGCUAUCAGAGCUCGGUAUCUAGGAGAGGAAGUACCGGAGAAUUACACGUCAUCGAAGCGAGCUUUACCUAGUGAAAACGAUAAUAAAACUAAAAAACGAGAAUCAAAUACCGAUAAAAACGAAACCAAGCAAUCGAAAACCGACUCUUUCAUGGCUUCUCUGAUGGAAGACAAAUUCGUUUCGGCUUCUCAUCAAGGCGACCUGGAUAUUUCGGAACCCGAUAAGAAGGACGAAAUACUGCACGGUACAAAAGACAUGCGAGAUGCGGCUAAAAUGAAAAUGUACGGGCCAAUCACGAGAAUCUCCGUCGAUUGGGCGCCUUGUUCUCUUUUAUGCAAGAGGUUCAACGUUCCCGAACCUUCGACGGAGCCUCAGGAAUUGAAGAACAGGAAACGAACUAAGAAUUUGAUAUUCGAAAGUCAGAAAACCUUCGACGACACCUCCGCGUUGUUUAAACCGGGGUGUUCGGUACCUUCGACUUCCAUCGAAGAACCUCCAUCGAACGUGACCGGUACUGAAGAUAUCGUUGUGGUUAAAACCGAACGAACGUCUCCGAAACCGAGCGAAUCCGAAACUAGCGAGAAUACGAACAAACCCGAGACUGUUUUCGUUGAUAUCACAGAUAAAAUCGGUGUUGAAGAGAACGUGGAUCUUUUCAAAGCUGUAUUUCAAAGCAGCGAUUCGGAAAGCGAAGAAGAACAACAAGAGGAAGAGAAACAAACAGAAGAACAGAAGAAACAAAAUGAAGACUUCAAAGAAAGUAUAUUAUUCGAUUUAGUACCGAAAAUUAGACCUUUAAAGCAAGGCAUUUUAUCCAAUAUCUCGUUUCAACCGAAGCAGAAAACAACAGACGCAAUUAUCGAAAUUGAGAAUACUGAAAGUGAAACAAGUUCAUACGGGCCCCAAUUGCCUAGCAAUUCCAAUAUACUCCCUACUACAUCUAGUAAGAUAGCAGCAACUAAUUCUAAUUCAAAUCACAGCGAUGACGAAUGGAUAGAAAAGGAUUCCAAACGCGAACGCAAGAAAUCCAAACACAAAAAGGACAAAAAGAAGAAACACAAACAUAAGAAGAGUAGAGAUAAAUAAAAAUGCAUUAUUGUUUAGUUAGUAAUCUUUUUAUUUAUCACCUAUUAACAACGUAACAUACAUUAAUCAACGCGACAAUCUAUUUUUUGUUAAAGUUAUUAUCGAUCCAGGAGUUCAGCUUGUCUUCAUCUUGCAGCCCGAUCAAGCGUUCUUUGACUUCACCAUUUUGGAAAACAUACAAAGCAGGAAUCGAACUAACCUGAAUAGGAAAUCGUUUUUAAUACACCAAUUAAUAACAAAAUAUUAAAAAUUACUUCGUAUUUAGCGGCCAGCUCUCCCAAAUCGUCUAUAUCAACUUUAGCCAGUGUUAUUUCGCCUUUCCUCUGGGCUAUAACGUUCUGUAAUCUCGGCUCUAAAAUCUUGCAGGGUCCACACCAUCUACAAAGAAAUUAGAUAUUUCAAAAAUUCCUCUCGGAGAUUGUUAUAGUACGUACGUAGCGAAGAAAUCGACCAGGAUGGGCUCCUUGCUCUUUUCCACUUUUUCGAAGAAAUCCUUAUCGUCUUGCACUUUAAACGAGGCGCUCCUGCAUUGCGACAGCCCGAUGAAUCGCUUGGCGAGUAGAUUACAUUUAGAAAUGUGUUGGGGUCUGUACAAUGAAUUCAUAUCGACAAUUACGCACGAACUAAAAUAAAUAAUAAAUAUGUUUCUAUAUAUAUCGUACUUAGAGUUACGAACAAUCACAAUGACACUUAUUUUUUUUUAUUCAAUUAUAUAAUUAUAGCAAUAUUUUUGCUAAUAAACAAUUAUUCCACAAAAAAUGUCAUUGACUG